CUACUACUACUCAUGAAUACGGAUCUAUAAAAAUAAACCUGGUCACUUUUAGUCCCACAAAGAAGUGUCUCCCCAUAACUUCUACGAGUCCUAGAUCAGUUGGUUAAACUGGCUGCAUGCGCGAGGAGACUACCCCGUGGUUACAGGUCGGUCGGGGUCCUUUUUCAGGUCGCGCGAGUGGGCUGCGUACACAACUACCCCUGAGUCCCGGCAGUGUGUUGGCUUACUAAACUGCAGGGGAUCACCAACAUGAUAUUCUUUUGACUUGCUCAACCUCAAAUUUUCUUUCCACAAUCUGAUUCACAUGAUUCAUACGGCCAAGAUGGCUUCCGAGAGUAUUCCUAUCCCUCGUAACAAGCGUUGGUCCGCUGUCUCGGCCUCCGCCAAUGCCGACAUGGCAUAUCAAAAGUUCCUUAAGGAAACUCCAGAUGCAUAUGAGUAUGUGUGCGUCUGCAAACGACCAGGUGGUGAAUAUGACGAGGAAGAGGAGAGUGGAAUUGGGAAAUACCAACCGAUCGAGUGUGACGGAGGCCAAACCUGUCUGUGUCGCAAGCCGGCUGCAGAUCAUCCUGAUCAUCCGUGGACGUUUACCAAGGCUGCCAUGGAUAAAUUGACCACGUACCGCAUCAUGAUGGAUCUGCGUGAUCCGGAUUCCUUUUCAAUGUACAUUUUCAACGACUAUUCCGGUUACGGCGCGAUCGAACUGGCGCAGAAUCUGCUGCUUGAUUUCCAGGAAGCCUCGGGCAAUUGGAAGGAGCGGUGGGUGGUGUGUGAAGCGCUCGCGUUGUUACUUGUUGGCAACUGGCUUGUACCCAUGAAUAUGAUUGACGAUGGGGAUCUUGUCCAAGAGACAGUGAUCCUGCUUGAACAUAUGUUCCUCGCUAUGCUCGCUGAGCUUGAGAAGCAGGACUCUCUGGGCGCAAACUCCAAUAUUCGUAAUCUCGGUUUGAUAAUGGGAUUUUAUGCCAGCAAAGCCAAUGAGGUGCGCUCCGCCGGCUAUGUCAACACGGACACCGACUCAAAGACGAAGACGUAUCAAGGACAGAAUUUUGUGCCCUAUCUGCUCGGAUAUACCCGCAAACAUAACAUCGCCAUGUACGGGCCGUCCAAUAUUGAUGAGAUUAUUGCCGAGGGUGAGGAGGAGGCAGAGGAGAACGAUGUCAAACUUCCAACUGCAAAGAAAGACCCCUGGAAAUGGGCGACGGCUUUCACGGCAUACGAGCGUAAGAACCAGGCCGCUUUUUAUGGUAGGCGCCGCAAGACAAAGAUUGGUGGUGACUCCCUGGACAUUACCACCUUUUCCAGUCAGGAGCGUAAAGCAGCGAGUUUCACCAAGAAAGAUCCAUUGACUGCAGACAUGAUCAAGGCGAUCAAGGAAGGGUUAGUUCUUCAGCUUGCAUAAGUGAUGGAGAUUAUACUUCCUUCUUCCCAUUUCUCAGGAAUGGUGAUGGAGUGACACCUCCGCUCACAAAAACAACAAUAUCCGCAUCUGGAUCCUUGUUUUCAGGGAAGAGUGGAUUGGAUGUAGGAAUUUAUCAUCAUCAAUCCUAAACUCUUUAUGGUUAAGUUGUAACACAGGGUUGUAGAGCUUGAGGUUGCGAGCUGUUGUAUUCUGAUUUCUUCCUUUAUCUCUUCCUAAAUCUUCUUCCUGAGUCUCGAUAUUGUCCUUUUUCUGCAACACACCCUAUAGAAAAUGGCUGCGUAAGAUCACCAGCAACAGCACACCAUAAUUUGAGAGUACGCGGUCGAGC